CCUCCUGUUUCCUCUCCCGGCUCAGGCCUGUCUAAUCCCACAGUCUCCCAGUAGCUGUCCCUCCUCCGGCCUGCUUUCCUGACAGGAGCCGUAGCUGGGCUUAUCCCCUGCCCGAGGCCGGGGUUCCUGGCGUAUGUUGGUCAUGGAGUGAGUUGGAAGAUGGCGGGCAGCGGAGAUAGCCGCUUUCUGGAAGCUUUGGAAAGAGCUCAGGCAAAGAAGGAUGCAGGCUUUAGAAACAGUUGGACUUUUGACAACUCAGAAGACAGCGAAGGUGAUGUUGAGAGAGAUGAGGCGAAUCUGCUCAAUGUAGAGGAAAGUGAUGGGGUCGAUGCUCAGAUUUCUGAGCAAAAGUCCAGACAGCUUCGGCCUGGAACAGCCCGGGGUCUUGGAGAUGUUAGAACGUAUGAGAAAAGGGGCAGAGGGCUGCACUUAAAGCCUUUAAAAGGGAAUGCAAUCGGCCUCAACAUGUUGGGAACCAGCAAGAAACUUGGAGAAAACGUACAGAAUAUAUCAGGUCAAGGAACUAUGGUACAGGGAAGACUUUUUCAUCACACCAACAUCCAGCGAUCAUCUGUAAAAACUGCUGCCCAAAGGAAGGAAUACCCACCUCACGUUCAAAAGGUAGAAAAUGAUCCUAGCAGAUUGGCACCGUCUCAGACAUUAGAUAGUAUGCAAGAUACGAAGAACGACUCUGAUUUGGAAACUGAGCCUGCAAUAAAAAGGAAGGUUCAAUUGAAGCGCCGCACCAGUUUACUCGAGACGGAUGUAUCAAUGCUUCACACAUCGCAAAUAUGCCAGCGAGAGGGCAUGGAACACAACGACCUUCCCGAAUACUGCGUAGCUUGUGUAAAGGAGAAUAAAAAUAAGACAAAAUGCCAAAGUUGUGGAGAGAUACAAAGACUUUGCAAACCAGCCGCAUCCCUGACCGAAUCCCCUCCUCUGUCUCGGCCUUCAAUACAUCAAAAUACCCCGGGAGAGAAGUCUGUGAACAUAGGAUUAAACACAAAAAACUUUUAUGGCUCUAGUGCUUACAGCAACUCUGAUAUUGGCGUGAUAUUGAAGCAGGACUCUCCCAGGUAUAAGCAGUAUCCAGCAAAUGGGAAAAUCCCAUCCACCAAUGAGGGCAGUGCAACCAAAGGUACAAAAGUGACGAGGCUAAGGAAUACAAGAUCAUCUGAACCCAACGACCCGAUCGUGUUGUCUAGUGAUGACGAGGAAGAUAAUGCCAGCACGGGAAGUGCAAACAGAAUGGAGAGCAUCUCUCCCCGGCCCGCCGAUCCUGCCUGCUCCUCUCCGGCUCCCUCUUCUGGCAAAGUGGAGGCAGCGCUGAAAGAGAACAGCUUCAUAUUAGAGCAUAAAUUGUGUAGCAGCCCCCUUACCAUUGCACUACCCAGAAAGGCAAAGAUGAAAGACCAGUUCGGAAAUCCCGUCCCAGACACCCCUGUUAAACGACGCAAAUGUUCAUCAUCAUUAGAAGCUCAGUGUGAAACCAAGCCGGCGACUUUCACAAAUAACAUUUGUGAAAGUGUCAUCCUGCGCUGCCGCAACGUACGAAUAGGAACUUUCUGCCGAAUGGUAGUGGAGCCUGUAGUGUUUUGCCUUGACUUCAUUCAGAUACGGCUUGAAGUAAUACCCAGAAAGGCUGAAAGAGGAUUCCAAGAAAUACGGUUAAAGGCAUCAGAGCUCAUAAAGUGUGAAUGGUGCUGUACUCGGAAACUCCCGGUAGUGUUUUUACAAACUGUACCGGCUGCUUGUCAAAGCCUGCAAUCCCAGCUCAGUAUGAGCAAAGAUGACGACACUGGCUGGUAUGACUGUAGAUCUCCAAAUGUAGAUGAACAGUACAUCGUUUUAAUCUUUGAGGACGUCCCUAACUUACAAGCAACUAUUGCGUUUGAAAAUAUUCUGUUUGAGAUCGGCAAUAGAAAUUGCAUGUCAAAGUUCUUCAUCAAGGUUUCAUUUGAUGAAGCCAAUGGAAGACUGGUUGCCUUCACAAAACACACCGAAGACAUUCCGUCACGUGGCUCGCUGCACAAGGGAGGUGUAGGCAAAGCCGUUGCGUCUGAAACCCGGAUGAAGCUGCGCAGCGCUCCGUCUCCACUGCAUUUUUUUACUGAUGACGAGGAGAAGGAGUCUGGCGACACGCAUACGGUCUUUGUUGGGCCGAUAGAAAAAUUGUUUGUUUAUCCACCUCCACCUGCCAAAGGUGGAAUCUCCGUCACCAACGAGGAUCUUCAUUGUCUGAACGAAGGAGAGUUUUUAAAUGAUGUAAUUAUUGAUUUCUACUUGAAGUAUUUAGUACUAGAGAAACUAAGAAAAGAUGCAGAUAGAAUCCAUGUUUUCAGUUCCUUUUUCUAUAAGCGUCUCAAUCAGAGAGAGAGACGUAAUCUCCAGGACACUGCAAACCUAACCUUACAGCAAAGAAGACACGGAAGAGUGAAAACCUGGACACGUCAUGUGGAUAUCUUUCAGAAGGACUUCAUUUUUGUUCCACUGAACGAAGCCGCCCAUUGGUUUUUAGCGGUCAUAUGUUUUCCGGGAUUAGAAAAACCAGAAUAUUACAACAACCCUUACUACCAAGAAACCCAGACGACCCUGGCACCGGUUUCCACGUCAGACAGAGAGAACAGCGGGAAGUCGCUUUCUCAGAGUAAUCCAGAGACUUGUGUACAAGGCGCUGCUUCCAAAUACACCCCCAAAAAAACACUGAGCAAAAAGCACGUCUCCCGCGACACCAGCAUUGGGACUGUUGAAAGCGACGCUGUCGUACCCAGACGCAGUCCAAGCGUGGGAAGGCACGGCCUGCGAAAAAUUGACCAGGGCUUUCCGGAAGCAGAUGAGUCCCAGACGUUUAUUAAUGCGGAGGCUGACUUAAAUACAAAAGAUAUAAAUGGGCUCGCUGGUGAAUGUAAAACCCAGCUGAAAGAUUUAGAUGGUUUGCACAGAAUACAAAUAAGUUAUAGUGAUUCCCACGAUGACUCAAAGAAAACGGAAGAAGAGUUCAUAGAUUUUUCCGAUGAUCAAGAUAACCUGGAUGAAAGUAGCGAUGAUGGAGGCCUUGCAGAUGACAAUUACACUUCAGAAGCAGGGAAGUGGCAUCUUAAACCCACAUUCUGCAAACAACCAUGCAUUUUGCUGAUGGACUCUCUGAGAGGUCCUUCUCGUUCUACAGUAGUCAAGACAUUACGGGAAUACCUUGAGGUGGAGUGGGAAGUCAGGAAAGGAAGCAAAAGAAGUUUUUCCAAAGAAUUCAUGAAAGGUUCCAACCCCAGAGUGCCUCAACAAAACAAUUUCAGUGACUGUGGAGUCUACGUACUGCAGUAUGUCGAGAGCUUUUUCGAAAAUCCUAUUCAGAGUUUUGAUUUGCCCAUGAAUUUGACCGAUUGGUUUCCGGAACAAAGAAUGAAAACAAAGCGUGAAGAGAUUCGGAACGUUAUCCUUGCUCUCCAUGAACUUCAAAACAAAGACAAGAAAGGGCAAAGGGACCUUAGCACAACGCAGUCCGCACCGCAGGAGGCAGCAGAGCAGUUUGUCAGCUGUGGCUCGAACUGAAUGCCUCGUCUCUUGCAUGCUUUUACAGAUUGCCGCACCUAGGCUGAUGACUUGAUUCAUUCACUCUUAGUGAAUGGCAGUGCUAGAGCAAAGCUUGUGGAAAGGAUUGGUCCCCUUGGAGUAAAAAAAAAAUGCUCUUUUCAUAUGGUAACGAGGCCAUUUAUUUUCUCUAUUUAUAAUUUUUUCUUUUUUUCAUCAUUAGGAGAGCUUAUGUAUUUCCCUUAACAGUACCGAAGCAACAAAUUCUAAAUAAAAUAAGCUAAUAUUUAUAGGAUCACACUUUAA